AUGUCAAAUGAAUGUAUGCCUACAUCGAAUGAAGAAAAUUGGAAAAAAAUAGUCGAAGGUUUUCAACAUCGAGCAAAUUUUCCACACUACUUGGGAGCAGUUGAUGGAAAGCGUAUUCGGAUAACCCCAAGCUUGUAAGAUAUGCUUCGUUGUACUUUAACUAUAAACAUUUUUAUUCGAUUAUUUUACUCGCAGUGUCGAUUCAAUUUACUGUUUUACUUAUAUUCAUGUUGGUUCGGAUUCUACCAUUUUUAAGAAUUCUAGUCUAUGGAAUAAAUUACAAAAUAAUUCAUUAAAUAUUCUAAGCCCAAACUUCAUAGUAUGAAGUUCAUACCCGGUAUUCAUAUUCUUAUUCUUUACGCAUUUGUAGGUGAUGAAGCAUUUGUUUUACAACAAACAUGUUUAAUGCCUUAUGCAGGAAAAUAUUUACAAGAUAUUAAAAGAAUUUUUAACUAUAGAUUGUCUCGGGCAAGACGUUACGUAGAAUGUUCAUUCGGUAUAUUAAUAAAUAAGUAGAUAAAAUUCCAUCGACAAAUUGAUGUUAAUGUGGAAUUUGCUAUUGAUAUUGUAAAAUGUUGUUGUGUGUUACAUAAUUUCGUACGUGAUCGUGAUGGUUUAAAAUUUGAAGAUACUUUGGCAAUUUCAGGAAUGGAAGACCUUAAAAAAUAUGAUAAUAAUUUAUACGUAAAUAGAUCAUUAAAUAUAUAUUUCGGGACGCUCUAGCUAACUAUUCUGUUUCUGAACAUGGACAAAUAAUUUGGCAAAAUUAAAAAAUUAAAAUAGAUCUUUUCAUUCAUUAUAUAAUAAUUUAUAAUAUACUUAAUUGUAUACUUAUUUGUUAUAUUUUUUUAAUUACUGAUAUCACGUCUUGAUUUAUUAUUUUCAAUAAAAAUAAUUAUUAUAAAAUAAAUUGUUUUUGUAUUAUUUGUAUCUACUUACCAAUUUUUUUUUCAGUUUCGGUAUUUGAAAAAUUUCCAUAUAAAGCAGACGUAACAUUCAACCAAGCUUCAUUUUUUUUAUUUCUAUCUUUAUAAAAUUCAUCAAACGUGUCCCACAAUAAUAGUCGUUUUUCUUUUCCGAUAUUAACUGUUUAGUCUCUAUAUUGAACAACUUUAAUUUAAGUGUAAAAAAUUUAAUUUAAAAUUAAUAAUAUAUUACCUUCUACAAGUGAAAAUGUCUACAUGAACUAAAAUACUGAAAAAUGUAGGAACGUACUAAAGAACGGACGUCAAAACAACGUGUUUGUCUGUCUUUUGUCAAUUGAAUCUAAUAAUAAUCUACAACACUGAUAAGCAAAUCGUAAUGGACGUUAUAGCAUGUCUUGUCUGUCACCAACAUCGAACGGACGGUAAAUUCAACGGACGUCGUAUGUGUGGCUGCUAGGCAUAAUUAUAAUAAAUUUUAACAACGGACGUCAUGACAUUCGUUAAUAAAACGCUCGUGUGACCUUACUCUUAAACGUGAACUCGAUGUGCAUGUACAAACAGAAAAGGUAAAGUGAAACGAUAUGCAUGCAUACACAAUUUUCAUUCGAUAAACUUUAAUGACGAGAAAACCUUCAAUUACCGCAACAAAUAAAAUGAUGCAAUAACUGACAAAUUUAAUAAACUAAUUGGUAUGAUUAAUGACUUAAGUAGUUCAUAAAAUAAAAUAGUUAAAUCCAUCAACUUGUGUCGUAAUUCUAUCAAGUCUUAGGAUUUAAAACUGGCUUCUUUUGAUUCCAAAUUUGACUUGCUCUCUAAUCAAAUUUUUCAGUGAUUGAAGAAAACAAGUUAUUAAGGUCGAGAAUUAAGCAGUUAGAAUCUUAACUAUCUAAUGUCAAAUGUACUCAAAUACCUUCCCCAGCUGUAAAUCAAGAACAAUUAUUUUUUGAAUUUAUGAACAGAUCACGCCAACUCAGAGCUCAUAAUUUUAUAAUAUUUAAUGUUCCGGAUGUUUCAAUAUCUGACUUAAAUCAACCUCAUCGGUAGAUCAAUUAAGUCAUUGAUUGUUAACCGUCUUCAAAAGUUAUCAACUAAGCCUCGUCCUAUACGUAUUGUCUUACAGUCGACAUCUGAUGUUUUUCAAAUUCUGAAAGUUAAACGGCAGCUGUUAAAUGUUGAUAAAUUCAAAAAUAUUCGAAUUUCUUUUAUCCGAACGUUACAACAACGUAAGCUAUUUUCUUCCAUUGCUUCCGAUUUAAAAUUGCGAAAAGAUAUUGGUAAAACUGGUUUGUUUAUCAAAUUUAUUAAUAAUUGUCCUACCAUUUCAAUGAACGGUCAGCCACCGCAGAAGUAUUAUAUACUAUCAGAAUGUCUGGAGUAUAAACAAUAUAAAAAAAUGUCCUUUAUAAUAAAUAAAUGUUUAUGUAACAAUCAAUAUGUUUUUCACAAGGGGCAUUCUAUUAUAACCAAUCUAGCCAUUCAAACACAAUAUCAUAAAGUCUUUUUCAAAUAGUUCUCAAAUGUAUACGAUUUUACAAUUUUUACUGAUUUCAAAAAAGCGUUUGAUAGUGUGCAUCAUUAUUUACUUGUACAUAAAUUUAAAAAAAUUGGAUUCUGCGAUCCAAUACCAACAUGCCAUAUCUAAAUUUAAAUAUACCAGACACUUUAUACUUACCCAGAUAAUACCAUGUUCAUUAAUCGCUGAAAAGUUGCGAGUGAUGUUUUCAUUCCUAUUACCAUUCUUUUAAAUUUCCAAUAACCUUGUAAAGUUGAAAAGGUCGUGCAUGCGAGGAUUCAGCUAAAGGAAUUUGGUAAAAACCUGAUGCUAGGUCUAUGACGCUAAACAAUUGGCUUUGUAUCAAUCAGUCCAAAAUGUCAGUUAUAUAAAGGGUGAAACUCGUUUAUUGUUAUUUUAUUUAAAGGACGAAAAUUUAUGAUUAUCCUGAAUUUUUGAACAUCUGUCACGUCUAACUUUUUCCUCAUCAAUAAAAGAAUAAAAGAGUUGCGUUCCAUGGAGAACUUGAUGGCUCGAUUAUAUCGUCUACUAACAUUGAAUUUAUUUGUGUAUUUAUUUCCUUUUACUGGACUUAGGGAAGACGAUAUGGUCGCCUAUAAAUCGUUGGUUAGUUUUCGGGUAAUUUUAUUUCGUGUUCUAUUGUGUUUGUGUACUUUGGUGUAUCACCCUCCAGGUGAAAUAUACCCACAUACUACGUGCAUAUAUCAAGUAAAGACUCUUUUUCCUUAGUAUUCAUGUGGUCGCACCGCACCAUACUAGUGAUUUUAUUUAUUUAUCCUUUCCAUAUUAGUUUAGGUCCCGUCUGUGCAUACCUAAUAGUCAAAUUCUGAUUCUUGUAUUAAUUUAUUUAAAUUUCAUACAUGUAGUUUUAUUUUACCUCCGAAAUAUUCAUAACGCUUACUAAUGUAUACCAAUUGUCUACUCUACUGACUCCACUUGUGCAACAAACAUUAUUUAUUAUUUCCUAUUUCAAUACCAAAAUAUUUUUGUUGUCUACGUCAUUCGUGUUGUUAUCUAUAUUCUUAUUGAUAAUAUUCUUCGUACCAAUAACCUCAAAUGUAUAUUGUAACUUUUGUUCUUUUGUUAAAAUUUAAAAACUACUUUUUACAGAAUCAUAUAUGGUUGUCGUGUGUCUUUGUGAUUUUUUUAUGAGUUAACUUAUGUGUAUUAUAGUUAUCCUACAAUAGGUUAUGGGCCCAGGCAUGGCCAGAAAAGGUGAUGACAAAUACGGAGUUACACAAUUUAACGGUACGAAUUUGCCAAACUGGAAAUUUCGUGUAGAAGUAUUGCUUGAAAAAUUUGGAGUGAAGCAAUGUGUUUCAGAAAACUGUUCAUCACUUGCGAAAGAAGAAGACAAGGAAAAAUGGUGUAAAAACAACAAUAAUUGUACGUCAAUUAUAGUUCAAUGUAUUGCUGACAGUCUUUAAGAAUAUGUGAUGAGAAAGAAUACAUCAAAAGAACUUUGGAAUUCAUUAUUAAUAACUUUUGAGCGAAAAAGGGUCACCAGUUAAUUGUAUUUGAGAAGGCGAUUAUUGACUAUAAAAUAUAGUGGUGAAAUAAAUUUAGAAAGUAAUUUUGUGAAGUUUGAUGAGAUAAUACGACAACUCAGAUCUGCAGGACCUAAACAAGAGAACGAGGAUAUUGUUUGUCAUCUACUACUAACUAUGCUUGAAACGUACAAUAAUGUAAUUACAGCAUUAGAAACUCUUUCACCAGAGACUCUUACAAUUGAAUUUGUAAAGGGUCGUUUACUAGAUGAAGAAGCAAAGAAAAGUAAUAGUACUAUAAAUGAAGAGUGUUCUUCUGAUAGUGCAGCGUUUAAUUCAAAGAAUACUGGCAAAUUUCCUUUUAAAUGUUGUAAUUGUAAUCCAGUUGGACAUAAAUCAACUGAAUGUAAACUUAAAAGGAAAAAGUUUUAUAAAGGAAAGAACAGAUCCAAAGAAUUGUACAAACAAAAUAACCGAUAGUUAACAAUGUUUCGGAAAAUGAUGACAGAAGUGUGUGUUUCCCAGUAACCAUGUUGCUAACGCAACAAAAUGAAGAAUUAAACUAAAAAUAAUUUGAUUCGAGCAGUUCUGAUCAUUUAGUAAACAGUGAGUGAUAUUUUUCAUCUUUGAAAGUACUAGAAAAUCCAAUGAUCAUAGGUGUCGCUAAAAAUGGAGAAUAUCUAACUGUAUCAAAAAUAGAUAUAAAAAAUACAUACAGUCAGGUAGAAAUUAGCUAAGACUAUUUUAUGUAAAUUUAAAAAUGUAUAUUAUGUUCCACAUUUAAGAUAUAAUUUGUUGUGUAAUUUAUUGGUUUCAAAAACCCAAAUAAACGGAUCAUAAAUAAAAAAUGGAUAUUCAAAUUAAAGUUGGAUAAAGAGGGAAAUCCAUUAAGGUUCAAAGCUAGAUUAGUAGCUAAAGGAUAUACACAAAUAAAAGGUUUUAAUUAUACUGAUAUUUACUCACUUGUAAUUAAUAUCAUUACAUUACAAACCCUAUUUGCAAUAGUAAAUCAAAGGAAUCUACACCUCAUUCAGAUGGAUAUGACUACAGAUUUACUCAACGGUAUUUUAGAGGAAGAGGUAUUUUAUAUGAAACAACCUGAUGAUUUUGACCAAGAAAAUAGUUUGGUUUGCAAACUACAUAAAUCACUCUAUGGUCUUAAACAGUCUUCAAAUUGUUAGAAUAAACGUUUUAAUAAUUUAAUAUGUCAACAAGGUUUAACAAGAAGCAAAUUCGAUCAAUGUUUGUAUGUAAAAUUGAAUGAUAACAAUAAUUUGUAUUUAUUGUUGUAUGUGGAUGAUGUGCUAGUGGCUGGUAAUUCAAUGAAGGAAGUAAACAAUUUAAGAAAACUACUUAGUAAAGAAUUCAAGCUAACAGAUCAAGAGGAUGCAAGAUCUUUCUUAGGAAUUAAAAUUGAACGACAUAAUAAUAUUUUAAAUAUGAAUCAAACAAAAUAUACCUACAUAAACAUAAAUAUCUUGAAAACUUACUACAUAAAUUUGGUAUGAAUAAAUGUAAACCAAUAUCAACACCAAUGGAGAAGAAAUUCAAACUUGAAGAAAAAGGAUCAACAAGUAAACGAGUAAAAGAUGUAUGUGAUGAUUCAAACCAGAUCGGAUCUUAGUACAACAGUCAAUUAUUUUAGCCGUCAUCAAUCUAAAGCCACUGAAGAUCAUUUUAAUCACUUGAAAAGAGUUUUAAGAUAUUUAAAGAACAUUAUUUCUACAACCCCUUUAGCACAUGGUCCUUCAUUUCGACAAACGUGAGCGUUAAAGUCGGUUGGAAAUGAUUCGCAACGUGUUUGUCCUUCUUCUGGACACGUACCUUUAGCAAAUCGUAACGGUCAGACGUAUUUAACUUACGUAUACAAGUGGUCCGGAAUCGGAGUCUCCGAAAUUCCUACCACUGAAUCAAUCGGGAGCAGCUUCCUGCAGAUUAGCUCUGACAAAUUUUAACCCAUAAUUAAUAGGCUAAACAUUCGCCAAAGCAACGCCAUUGACAUUUUCAGCCUGUUUUUCGCCUCAUAAACUGGAUAAUAGUACUAUAUAAAUCUGGCACCACUCAGAACUCAGGUAUUCAGGAACAACUCAAACUCAUUCAACGAAACGUUCACUCGUGAGUUCAACGCCUCGACUAUAAGUUGAAUAUUUAUUCACAUUAUACUUUUUUAUUAACGUAUCAAAUGUCAAAUUAUAAAGCUCUUUUCCAUUAUCGAGUUGUAGUAACUCGGGUGAACGUCUAAUUAAUAUUCCAGACAUUGCAUUAGUCACUUCAUUCGCUUUUUUCAUCUUUAAUGGUAUAGCCCAUACAUAUUUCGUGAAACAGCCUAUGACACAUAGUAUAUAUUUAUAUUCUUUAUUUUUCCUAGAGUACGGUAUCAUUUUGAACAAGUCAGCUUGCCAUAAAUCAUUUUUUCCGUAAACAUUAACUUUUCGUCUAUUGAAAUUUUUUCGUGUCGUUUUAUGCAGUUCGAACGUGAUCUGGCGUUUAGACAUUUGGAAUCCGUUUUAUUAGCCCCGCUUUGAGUAAUUCUUCAAAAAUCGAUAAUAUUUCGUUUCCAACACCUGUAUUCCUGGAUUAUUAAAAUAACGUCUAUAAAUUAAUAAGGAUGUGUCUGAUAGUAACCAAGAAAAAUAAGAAAACCAAAACUCCCAGGAUAAUACCUAUUUCGAAAAAAGGCGAAGUGUUGCCGUUAAUACCUUUUUUUGCUGGUUUAUCAGUGUUGGACGCACUCGCCGGUAGUGUUGCUAAUGUAGUAAAAGUAAUAAACGACUUGAUAGCAGAUAGAAACAUACCUGCUCAUUUAGGGAAAGGAAUGUAUUUAAUGCUUUACAAAUGUGCAUCAUACAAAAUAGAGCAAGGUAAAGGCUUAUACCUGGCACCACACAAACGCGGUAGCGGUUCGAGCAAGUAACAGAGAAAAUCGUCAAAAACUAAUUUCCACGUUACCCAAUAGAGCUCAGGGGUAUGAUUAUGAAAUUUUAAAAUAUGCAGGUAUGUUGAAAAUACCUCAUUUCAUAGGCGUCUUCUCUAAAGACAGUUUGCCUAAUAAAAUUUAACAUCGGGAAUCCACUAUUGUUAAUUUGGACAAUGAAAAUAGUGAAGGCACACACUGGGUAGCGUAAAAAAAAUCGGUAAACAAGUGGAAUAUUACGAUCAUUUUGAAAAUUUACCUCCACCGUUGGAAAUACAGAAAUACUUUUACGGAUUUAGUAUUAAAUACAAUUAUGAAAGAUAUCGGAAAUAUAAUUCAACAAACUGCGGACAUCUGUAAUUAAAAUUUUAGAAGUUAGUAAAAAUGCGAAGAUUUGUCUACUGGAACUUCAAACAAACAAUUCAAUUCCUAAUAUCACCGAUAAAUAUUACCGUAUAGGCUUUGUCAUUUAAAAACGAUGCGAUUGUAAUAAUGAUGUGUUUACAAUUCUAACGGGUUCAUACGAGCUGAGUGCUUUAGCAACAGUAUAUCUGUUGUUGGGAAUAGCAUAUGAAUGUUUGCAAAAAAUGUUUCAAAUAAUAUUGCAUAUAUCGUAAAUAAUGUAUCCAAUUGUAUUAUGAGCCACACAGAAAGAAAAUGCUAAUGAUAUAUAUGACAUUCCGGUUGACAGAAACUUACAAAUGGAAAAGGACGUUUUAAAUAAUAAUUUUUUUUUUAAUAAUUUACUAAAAUAGUCAAAUAUAAUUUAAAACCCAUUUAUACAUAAUAUUUAGUAAUGUAAAUAACUACAAAUAAUACAAUUUUUAUAUUUUCAGUCAUUAUUAUUAUUAUUUUUUUUUUUGUAUUCCAUUAUUAUACUUUUAGGUGGAACUAUGAAAGCUAAAUGGCAAAAUGUAAGGGAUACUUUUUGAAAAGAAUGGAACAAACAAAAGCGCAAUACUAGCGGUGGGACACCUAAUGUUAUAUAAUCUCAAUGGAAAUUUCAUGAAAAUAUGACUUUUUUGAGAGACACUAUAAUACCCCGACAAAUAAUUAUCAAUAUUCAAAAAAAAUAUGCGAAAAGAAAAAACAUCACCUGUUGAACGAUAUAAUAUACAAAGAACAACUUCAUAUUCUCAAACUGCAUUAAAGAGAAAAAAAAUUAAAAAUAAUCUAAUAGCAGACUUAAUAGAAAUUGAAAAACAAAAACUUAAACGUUUCGAUACUAUUAAUGAUAACACUAAAAUUAGUGAAAAUUACAAGGAUGAUUAAGAUUUUUAUUUUUGAAUGAGUCUGUUACCACAUCUCAAAAAUAUACAAAACAGAGAAAAUUAUCAGUUAGAAUGAUAUUGCAACAAGUACUUAUUGAAGAAAUAGAACGCCGUAAUACUUAUAAAAACUCUAGUAAAUCUUCUACAUGUAUUCCAAAUUUUCAAAGUCAGCAUGCCAAACCAACAAACGUCAAUGAAAACUAUAACCUACAGUAUCUUUCAAGUGCCCAACAUAGAACGGAUACAACGCCAACCACAGAUUUUAUUUUCAGUGACUUGUAA